AAAAGGGGAAAAUUUGAAAAGAAAAUGCAAAAGAAAGUAGAUGUCGUUUUGUAGGAACACUUUGAUAUCUUCGAAGGCGCCCGCCCUUUGUUGUUCGCUUUUUUUUAGUGUUAAAAUACACAAUAAACGCCGCCGUUAUUCACUUCAACAGAGAGCGAACUAGCCGGAAAAAAAUGUAUACCAACUCCGGCCACAUUAACGGCUUUCACGACGGCAGCUCCUCCUCUUCGAGAAGCGUCCUGGAACCGUUCAAAAGGUCGGCCUCGCCGGGGAAGAGGUAGCCGGCCAUCCAGUGGCGGCGGAAUGAGGGUUUCUGAAGACAAGCAGCCGACACAAGUGGAGGGACCUCCUUGUACUGACUUCGACAUGGCUACUUCCAGUCCUACUCCCACGUUGGUAUUCACGAAGAAAUGAUCAAGGAUAGUGUACGGACGGAAACAUAUAGGGCGGCAAUCAUGCAACAUCAGAGUUCUAUUGCUGGCAAAGUUGUAAUGGAUGUUGGCUGUGGCACUGGAAUUCUCUCCAUAUUUUGUGCUCAGGCUGGUGCAAGGCGGGUUUAUGCAGUUGAUGCAAGUGACAUAGCAGUGCAGGCCUCAGAAGUUGUUAAGGCUAACAAUUUCGACACAAUCAUUGUAUUGCACAGUAGAGUUGAGGAUGUUCAAAUUGAUGAGGGUGUGGAUGUUAUCAUUUCUGAGUGGAUGGGAUAUAUGCUUUUAUACGAGAGCAUGCUUGGAAGUAUAAUUUACGCUAGAGAUCGGUGGUUAAAACGUGAAGGCCUGAUACUACCAUCAAAUGCAACAUUGUACAUGGCACCUGUUACUCACAGUGAUAGAUACAGUGCGAGCAUUGAUUUCUGGCGCAGUGAUAUGGAAUUGAUAUGUCAGCAAUGUUCCAUUAGCAAAACAGUGCGCUUUUGAAGAGCCAUCGAUUGA